AUGAUUCAGGAAUUAUUAAAUAAAUUAGGUGUUGCUGCUGAAGCGUAUCAAACAGGUUCAUUAACCGUAAAAACUCCAAUUGACGGAAGUGUCAUUGGGCAGGUUGUUGUAAAUGAUCUUAAACAAGCUGAUACCUGUAUUCAACAGGCACUCAUUGCUUUUAAAGAAUGGCGAAAAGUCCCUGCUCCGCGACGUGGCGAACUGGUGCGUAUUUUUGGACAAAUUUUACGCGAAUAUAAAAAUGAACUUGGCGCUUUGGUCUCGUGGGAAGCAGGUAAAAUUGCUCAGGAAGGUCUAGGCGAAGUUCAAGAGAUGAUUGAUAUUUGCGACUUUGCAGUCGGUUUAUCACGCCAAUUGUACGGUUUAACAAUUGCUUCAGAACGACCAGGACAUCACAUGCGCGAAACUUGGCAUCCAUUAGGUGUUGUCGGCAUAAUUUCCGCAUUUAAUUUUCCUGUUGCCGUUUGGUCUUGGAAUACAGCAUUGGCUUUAAUCUGUGGUAAUGCUGUAAUUUGGAAACCUUCAGAAAAAACGCCACUUACUGCAUUAGCUUGUCAGGCAUUGUUUGAAAAAGCGGUUAAACAAUUUGGUCGUGAUGCACCUGCACAGCUAUCCCAAUUACUCAUUGGUGAUGCUUCAAUUGGUGAAAAACUAGUGACUGACGAGCGUGUUGCAUUGAUUAGUGCAAACGGUAGUAACGUAUGGGUUGCAGAAAUUGGUGGUGCAUUUGGUGGUGAGAAAGAGACAGGCGGUGGGCGUGAAUCUGGUUCAGAUGCUUGGAAAGGCUAUAUGCGCAGACAAACAAAUACCAUCAACUAUUCUCGAGAAUUACCUUUAGCUCAAGGGAUUAACUUUGGUUAA